AUUAUUUGGUAUACAGGAAACAAUAACAAAAACAGUACAUGAUUGGAUUGAGUGGAGUUCAGAAAUAAACUGAUUUCGUUCUUUGUUUGGAUGAUUUGAAGCUUAUUUUAGUGUAGGAGUUGAUUACAAACUCUGUUUUGACGAGUGGAUUCGUAUGAAUGUUAUCUGCAUUGAGUUACUUUACCAUUCUGAUGUAUUGUUUUGGGGAUUUUGGAUGCUUUAGGCCAAGCGUACUUUUACUUUUAUGAAUCUGAUUUGUAAAAUCAUACUUCGACAUGAUGUUUUAGUAAUUGAAUGUUGUAAGCUUUCAAUUCUGUAUUCUAGUUGAAUUUUGGAAGUAUUUUUACAUAAUCCUGCAGCAUAUUUGCAAUGAAGGUGCGGCUCUGUAUUUGGUGGAUUGAAAUGAUUAAAACGUAACAUCUUUCUUUAGAAUGUUACACUGCAAGUCAAUGCAAUUAUGCCAUCUCGCCCUCUCGGAGGCGGUCUUUAGUGAGAGAAAUCGUAUGCUUGCUUUUGUAAUUGUAUACAGAAAACAAACAAUAACAAAAAAAGUAGUGCUACAUGAUUGGAUUGAGUGGAAUUUAGAAAUAACUAAUUUUGGAAGACGAUAGACUUAGUUGUUUGUUCGGAUGAUUUGAAGCUUGUUUUAGUGUUGGAGUAAGAGUUUGUUUAGAAACUCCAGUUUGAUGAGUGGAUGCUUGACUUUGUUUGUAUAAAUGUGUUCGGUAUUGGGAUUAGGAUAGUUUGGCAGUCAGAGGAUAGAGGUGGCAUGUAGCUCGUUGUGACCCCUAGAAUAAUGUAAUUUUUUUUUUGCAUAUGUUGAACAUCUGAAUAUAUGAGGAGAGUAUUGGUCAAAGCAAGCCUUGCAUCAUCUGAUUAAGUAGUUAAGACCCAAGCCCACAACAAUGACCUAUCCUCUUUGAAAGUAGUAGAUCCUUAUAUAUCCUUGCAUGCAUUUUGGUUGCUUUAACUACUUCCCGCCAUUUAAACAUUUAGGAGCUUCUUGGUAUGAUGGAAUGGAAUGGUGGAAUGGAAUGUGAUUCCUACUUCCAUUCUAUUCAUUUGCUUGGUGUGAUGGAAUGAAUGAGUGAAUGGAUGAAAAUGCAAAGGAAAUCCAAGGAAAUUGACAUUUCAUUCCUAUCUCCAUUCCAUUCCACCCUCAUUCCAUUCCAUCAUACCAAGCAUUAUUUAUGGGAACAAAGACUCCUGAUAUCAUGUCGGUGAAACCAACAGUUGCAUUGCGCGCUAUACUCGUAGGAGGAAUAGCUGCAUUUGCUAAAAUCGGAGGUGCGAUGAAAGCUGCUGGUGGAGUGAAGCUUGGCGCUGCAGCUGCUGCCGUGAGUGCCGCAGCAACCGCAGCUGUUUCCGGGUCGAAGCAGGAGGUCAAGGAUUCUUCAGAACAGUCUCCAAAAUGAUUUGCACGUUAUGCAAUUUUUUUUGGCAAUAAAUGUAGCAUAAUGGCCCCUGGCAGCCAUUAGUGAUAGGUUGUUGUAAUCUGCUGAGGCAUAAACAAACAUGUGAAGAAAUUUUGUAUUUUACUAAAAACUUCACUGUCUCUCCGUCCGAAGACGGCAGCUAGGGAUGUAAAUGAAUCGAUUAAACCCUCUUUAAAUACUCUUUGACUGAGACUGUUUGGAA